CUCAAGGGCGGUAUGAUUGAUGAUUGCGCUACAUGUUCUCAGCAUCUCUGAUCAUCGAGUCUUUUUAAGAAAUGAUAAGAAGAGCUUGAAUUCGUUUUCAAUACUUUUUUGGUACAUGUCUUAGAGGACUUCGCUAUUUAGUUCUCUGCUCAUUUCCGCACUCAGGCUAUUUCUAAAAUCGUGCACACAUCCCCCUUGUUUGCCGACGUUUUAGAACUACAUAUUUCAUGGGUACCCUACCAAAAAAGCAAGCCAUGAAAUCUGAUGGGCGGACGCUUAUGGACGAAGGUACGGACUACUACUCAGUAACGGCAUUCAAAAAGAUGAAUGCAUUUCGCAAGGAGGGGCAGCUCUGUGAUGUAGUUAUCAAAGCAGAGGGAAGAGAAUUUUUAGCUCACCGUGUAGUUUUGGCAGCUUCCAGCGACUAUUUCGACGCCAUGUUUUCCAGUGGGAUGGCUGAAUCAGCGCAGUUGGAAGUUGAACUCAAGUCCAUCACUCCUGAAAUAAUGGAUACCCUUCUAGAUUAUGUGUACACUGGUCAAGUUCGUGUAAGCAUGGCUAAUGUCCAAGAUCUUCUUCCAGCAGCAAGUCUUGUUCAGAUGGAGGGUGUUAAAGUUGCUUGCUCUAAUUUUCUCUUGACGGAAGUAGAUUCCACGAAUGUUCUUGGCAUCAGACGAUUUGCUGAACUGCAUAACUGUGUAGAAUUAGAAAAGUUUACACGAAACUUUGCAGCCUGUAAUUUUGAGUCAGUUGUUGACUCUGAGGAAUUCGUAUGCCUCACACCUGAGGAAUUGCUUGAUCUUAUUACAAGAGAAGAUUUACACAUUGACAAUGAAGAAUCUGUAUAUAACGCUGUUAUGCGCUGGGUAUAUCAUCAACCCAUUGAAAGGGUCGCGAAUCUUCCUUCUUUGCUUCGAAACAUUCGUCUUUCAGUUAUGUCAGUUCGUUUCCUCACAGAUGUUGUGGAUAAAGAUCGUCUUAUUCGACAAUCUCUCGAGUGUCGGGAUUUGGUAGAUGAUGCUAAACGGUUUCAUUUACGUCCAGAUUUACGCCAUGAAAUGCGUGAUCGAAGAUUUCGUCAGCGUGACGGUGGCAAUGAGUACUUAGUUGUCAUUGGUGGUUUCGGUUCUGAUCAGGACCCUUCGGAUUCCGUUGAAAUGUUUAACCCACGAACCUUAGAAUGGAACGAGUUACCUGAUUUACCGAUAAGUUACCGCUAUGUAGCAGCAUGUUCAUUGGGUACAUGUGUCUACGUGAUUGGUGGUUUUGAUGGAAAUGAAAGACUAAAUACCGUGUACUCUCUUGACAUCGCUCAAAGAGAAGAAGGUUGGCGUUUACUUACUCCAAUGCACUAUAAAAGAGGUCUGUCUGCUGCUUGUACAAACAAAGGUCUAAUCUAUGUCUGUGGUGGUUUCGAUGGUCAGUCGCGUCUUCGGUCCUUUGAAGUUUAUCAUCCGAAAAUUGACGAAUGGAGAAUUUUAGAAGAAAUGACUACAGCAAGAGAAGGUGCAGGUCUUGUUGUUGUAGAUGAUACACUUUACUGUUUAGGAGGUUAUGAUGGAUUCCACCUACUGAACAGCAUGGAAGCUUUUGAUCUUCAUUGUGGUACGUGGUCUGUUUGCAAACCAAUGUACAUGCGUCGGUCGGGAGCUGGUUGUGCUUUGUUGGGGGAUACUAUUUAUGUAUGUGGUGGUUAUGGUGGCGCUGAAGGCCGCGGUCCUUCACAUUUGGAUACUGUAGAAGCUUAUAAUACAUGGUUGGCUCAGUGGACUUUGGUUACGAGUAUGAAUGUCCCUCGUUGUUACGUUGGUGCUUGCCCAUUGGCUGGCAAGAUUUAUGUUGCUGCUGGAUAUAAUGGUAAUAGUCUACUGGAUACUGUGGAGUCGUACGAUCCAAUCGAAAAUACGUGGUGGCUACACGAAGAAAGUAGAAUGAAUCAUGAGCGAUGUGACACUGGUAUGUGUGUUGUACGAUUCCCAACAUGUUCUAUCAGUGAAGAUACUCUUACGCCAAUGCUAACAUCAAGAAACGUAAUGAACUCCAGUAAUAUUCAUUCAUCUCCAUCAGUUGUUUCAUCUGCUUCUGUUAAUUUUCACUCAGCAAUCAAUCAGUCAUCUACUUGGCAGCUAAACGAUUUUAACACAAAUCGAACUAAUAAUGUACGCAUAAACACACAGAUUUCUGUUGGUCACGCUAACCCAUCAUCAUUUCAGGGUAGUCCAUCAUCAUCCACUCGAAAUAUUCUGUCUUCGUCAGUCAGUGAACCCUUUCAUACUGGUUCGCAAUUUGGUUGUCCUUCUGCAAGUAUGAAUGUAUGUAAUGUUAAUUCUCAGUCUCCUGGAAAUUCUCACCUGUCUUCCACUCAUCGUAGAUCUAAUCGUCAAGUUCGUAGUCAUUCUUCACGACAGAAUAGUUUGUCGAAUACUGCUUCUGUUAAUGGGAGAGAAUUAAGAAACUCUAGACCACCAAGGCAUUUACUUUCGUUGACUGCAUCCAGUUUAUAUCCUGGUAAUAUAAAUAUUUGGAAUCCUAAAAGUAUGCGUUUACCAUAUGUUGCACAAGGAAUGCACAACCCCAGAAAUCAUAGAUCACUUGUUCCAUCCUUGUUGUGCAACCCGCAUAAUAGUUUACGCUGUAACACUACACCCAUAUCUCACUUAACCCAGCAGGUCGAGAAUCCAUUAUUAAAUCAUAAUGAAACUCUUAGCCAUACUUCAGAUAAUAUGCCUUCUUCCUCUGAGGAAUCUUAUAUCAUCCAAAAUAAUGAAUCUACUGUCAAUUCUGCAUUCGGUAUGAUGCAGCAAACCGACCAACUACUAGACAACUGCGGAAACGUUGACAUAAAUGAGUUAGCCUCUAAUCUUAAUGCUUCUCAUUUUGAUGCAUCAGCUGUUACUGGGUCUCACUUACCAGCAUCUCAGAGAAGCAGUUGCAGCAGUCCUACUUUGGUAUCUGACAUAAAUCAUUCUGCCCCUGAAUAUGGCUCUUCUGCAUCAUGUAAACAUGAUUUAUUUAGAUCCGUUGAUGCAAUUAACCGUCUUGGUUCAGAUAACGUUUUCUGGUCAAUAUCCAAUAUAUCGACAUUUUCUGUCAUAGAAAACCCUACUGCUAGUACUUUUUCAAAGGCCAUCACUUUUAAUGAGGACUCCUCUAAUAACGUAGUUAUUGGGACGCAAGCUGAUAAUAUUUCUGGGAGUGUUAAUUUAGAUAAUAUUCCUAGUAGAAACUAUGUUAGUUUGGUGGGCGAUUCACCUGAUGAACAAGAUCAUACUAAUGCGUUUGGUGAUGUUAGUCGAGAGCAUGGUGAUUUGGUCAAGUGUACUGAUCGUUCAAGUUACAAAACGCGCACGUUUAUGAACACUUUGAUAAAUAAACCAAGGGAACUUCAAUCAAAUCCAUGUGUUUUAUCUUCAAAUGAUUCUUCUGAAUUACCUUGUGAACAACCAUGUGAUAUCACUUUAGCAUCCAGUUAUUCAUGUAAUUCUUCAGCCUCCAUACCAAUUGCUAAAGUUAAGCCAUGUUCUUCAACAGUCGUGGAAGACUCAUGUACGACAACUUUAAAUGCACUACCUCCUUCCAUACGAAACACAUCUUCCAUUCAACAAGUAAAUGACCCAUCAAUCUGCCGUAACAAGCAAACAUUUGACCAACUAUGUCAGCGGUAUAGGCCUGUAAUGCCUCAUUCGUUUAAAACUGAUCCGAUAUGGCCCUUUAGAUAUAAUACUGAAUCCUGUCAGACUCAUGGUGCUCAAGAAGAUAGAAUAAUUACUUCGGCGAAUGAUCAGAAGGCCUCAUCUUCAUUAUGUGAAGUUAAUGACCAGGUAAGACCUUUACUAUUUUCCAUUUAUGAUAUGAAAUAUCACUCGUUUAGUACUAAAUUAUGUCGUCCAGAUUGUUACUACUACAAAAGCGUUUUAUUGUUAGAUUAGAUAAUAUAGUAUUAGUGUGACUCACCUUUUGUGUCAGUCAGUCAUAAAUAACACAGAACAUGACGCAUAUGUGAUGGGUUCAAGUUGCGACAUUAGUACAACGAGUCUUUUAUAUAUUGCCACGAUUGACUUAACUACUCCUAUGAAUCCGGUGUUCAUUUUGCUGUGCUAAUGCGGUGUGGCAACUUGGACCGAUGUAUAUAUGUGCCUGGUCCUACGUUGUAGCUGACUGACUGAGUACAGCGAGAUUAUCAAGGAUAAUAUUUGUCCGACCGCAGCUUUGCUCUCUAGCUAAGUACGUUAAUGGUUUAGUCGUUGUUUGUCAAGUUGAAGAUAAUGAUUGUUCUGUAUGUUUGACAAAUAAGGUCACUAAUCAACAUCAGUGUAAAUUGUAAGCAUUCAAAAGUACCUACUAUUUAUGUGCGAAAUGGCAAGAAAAUCAGAUUUCAGACUAAAUGAUUUCGUUGUACUUUCAUUAAACACGCUUUUUUUUAUUGUUUGCUUUCAAGAGAGUAAUCACCAUAGGGGAAACCUCUUUUGUUUUUGGUGUCAGCGAAUCAUCUCACGCGUAUUCUGAAUCAGAUGAUCUGCCAAUCAGAAACCAAUCAGAUAAUCCUAAUCAGACUGGUGUUUCUGUGAAACCAGAUGUUACGUGCACUACAUCAGUCGUUGAGUCCGUUCACUCAACAGGUGCUCCUGGAUGUAGUUCGUCAAAUUCUGAUGAUGCACUUGUAAACCAACCGCAUAGUUUGAUAGACAAUCCAUCUAAUUGUGGGCCUGAUAUAACAUUAUGUACAGUGGUUUGCAAUCCAGGUAACGUGGAUGACAGUCCAGAACCACAACCGGAUACAAGAUCAGAUGGUGAAGGAGAAGAAGGAGAUGACUUAGAUGUUGUCCUGAGGAAUCCUGCAGUUGGUCAGGUUGACGAUGAUUUAUGAUCUCAUAUCAUAUUUUUUGUGAAUUAUAUUCAUUUUUGUUAAUUUACUAUUGUCGUACAUGGUGUUUAUUGUAUCUAUCAUUCUUUAUUUGCUUAGUCAUUGUGUUAGUGUGACCAAAUAAUUCUGCAAACGUUUUCAGCCGUCACUUACACAUGAUCAUUUGUCUGUUUUGUUCCAAUUUUCCUUUUGAUUGAUUUUGAUGCAUCUUUAGUACGGUUUGUUUCUAAACCUUAUAUUUUCACAUUUGUAUAUUUUUCGUCACAACAAGGUGAUACUUGAUUUUCUUU